AUGGUGCCACCACCAGAAGGCAUACCACCAACACAGAAAGACCAUGAGGUAACUGAGGGCCGCAAAAUGACGAGGCCAGCACCUGAACAAGGUGUGAAGUGUCCAAGAUGUGACUCACCCAACACCAAGUUCUGCUACUAUAACAACUACAGCCUCACUCAGCCCAGGCACUUCUGCAAGACUUGCAGGAGGUACUGGACAAACGGUGGUGCCUUGCGCAACGUUCCAAUAGGAGGUGGUUGCAGGAAGAACAAAAAGGUGAAACCUUCUUCCUCUGCGUCAUCCUCCUCCAGAUUUUCGUGUGACCCCAAAGACUUCAAUUUUCACGGUCUCACAGGCCCACCUUCUGCUGACUUUAACCUCAGCGCGUUACCCUUUCCCUCGAGGCUCAGCACUUUCAGCACUCAACACCUUCCGACACCCCCUACUGGGGUGUUCAACCAGUUCUCUUCUUUUGGGGACGUUUCAUCGGCUUCAACCAGUUCUCUUUCUGUUUUGUCUUCCUUCCAACUUGACCCCCCUGGUGCUGUUUCAAACCCUCUCUUGGGUCUUGUUCCGCCCAACCCUGACCUCUGGGGGUUAGGUCGGUCAGAAAGGGCCUCACUGUCUGAUCCAUUGAACAGUGCAAUGCAAACGCUGCAGACUAUGGAAACCAUGAACGUUCACAGCAGCCUUGCCUCUUCAAUUGAGUCGCUGAGCAACAUCAACCAGGACUUGCACCUGAAGCUGCAGCAGCAGCGGAUGACGACAAUGAUGUUUGGUGGGGACAGCCAGAAAGGUGAGAGCAGCGUUGCGCCGAAUGGGUAUGAGAAUCAGAAACUGCUACAACCCGUUUCGUUUCAGAACCUUGCGAUUUCGAAGCCAGAGAAUUUGCCAGCUGGCAGUUCCAUAAAUGGAGGCCCAAGUGGGGAGACAGUUACUGCAGCUUCCACUGAAUGGUUUUUUGGGAAUUCCUUUUCUUCAGUGUCUCCUUCAACAAGCAAUGGUGGUGUCAAUGUUAACCACAUUAACAACGGUGCACACAACAACUGGAGUGGUGCCCUUGCCUGGGGGGAUUUGCAGCAGCAACCAUACAGCGCUUUGCCCUAG